AUGUCGGGUGUGCACUACAAGUUCUCCUCCAAGCUGGGCUACGAUGUGGUCACUUUUCAUGGCCACAGCAUCUCCCUGGGUGACCUCAAGCGCCAGAUCAUGGCCCGUGAGAGGCUCAAGAUGGCCAACUGUGACCUGAAGAUCCUCAAAGCUGAGACCAGCGAGGAAUACUCCGAUGAUGCACAGAUCCCAAAGAACGUCUCAGUGAUCGUGAAGAGGGUGCCAGCUCGAGCUACGUGAGUAUCCAUGAAGCUCUGGAUUCCCUGGGAGGGAUGUCAGGGUGUGAACUUCUUUUCUGCAUAUGGGUUUGCAGAGGCACCUGGACUGCAUCUGGUCAAAGCUGCUGUUAUUUCCUUUUUCAUGGGUAGAUUUAAAUUUAUUUGCUCCAAAGCAGAUUCCCACUAGGUUUGUGGGGACAUGGGGUUCAAACUCCAACACUGGUAAAUCCUAUGGUGAUUCUUGGUUUUGUUC